GCUUGUAUGUUCUGAAUGGACAGGAAGCGUAAACACUGAUGCGGUUGAAGUUAUAGCAGAUGUCUGAGCUCAGUGUAAAAGGGAAGGAAGCAUGGAAGCCACUGAGAAGAAGUUACGGUCUCAUCUAUAUUAAGCACAGCAUCUCUUUCUUCUGCUUAUUUGUGAAAAGUAAAACACUGAAAGCUUAGCUGUGCAUCAGAGAGCAGCAGAGCUGGAUGUGAGGAUGAAGCGCUCUUUGCUCUGCGUGCUGGAGUUGUUCUUGCUCAGUACACUCUUCAAUGUAAAUGCUGAAGGGGAAAAUGUCAUCAUAACAGAAAGUGACUCAGUCACCAUUCAGGAAACUGUUCAUAACAGGAUCACAGUUAAACUGCAGCACAGCUGGUCUCAGAUAUUCACUGGUGAGACAAUCACUCUCAGAUGUGAGAUUCAGGGAGGUGAAGGAAAGGUGUGGAAAUAUGAAUGGACAGCACCCAACACAAACAGCCCUCCAACAUCCAGUGAAUACAGGAUCAGCAGAGUUUCAGUGUUCCACAGUGGAGACUACAGAUGUCGGGGUAGCAGUGACUAUCUCUUAACAGGAUGGAGUGAUGCCUUCAGACUGACAGUUUCAUAUAAACCCAGGGCCACACUGACAGCAGGAACAACAAUCAUACCAGUAGGGGGCAGUGUGACACUGACCUGCUCUGUGCAGAGCUCUGAUGGAUGGAAAUAUGAGUGGUUCAGACGAACCCAAAGAACCUCUGAAGUUCACAUCAGAGAUCAACAAAACAGAGAUAUCAGAGUAUCUCAAGGAGGAAACUACAGCUGCAGAGGAACAAGAGGAAACCCAGUUUACUACACUGAUAUAAGUGAUGAUGUCACCAUUGAGAAAACCAUUUCCAAUAAAGUUGUUGUAAAACAACAACCCAACUGGCCUCAGAUAUUCAGAGGUGAGACGAUCACUCUGACAUGUGAGGUGCAGGAAGGAGGUGAAACCACUGAGUGGGAGUAUGAAUGGAGAGGACCCAGCACACCCACACAGUGGACACACAAUAAUGAUGUGACAUUCAGAGUUUCUGAGUCCAGCAGUGGAGACUACAUGUGUAAGAGUCGACGCAGAGAUGACUCAUAUUCUUCAACAGAGUGGAGUGAAGCCUUCACAUUGUCAGUAUCAAAUAAACCAAAGGCCAAACUGAGAGCUGAUAACACAGCUGUUCCAGUAGGGGGCAGUGUGACCCUGACCUGCUCUGUGAACCCAUCAUCAUCAUCUGGAUGGAAAUACUACUGGUACAGAGAUGAGAAAUCCUCUGAAGCCCUGACCACACAAGAUGCAGUUUUCCACUCAAAUGGACAAAUCAGUGUCUCACAGGAAGGACUCUACAGGUGCAGAGGAGGAAGAGGAAACCCAGUUUACUACACAGAGGACAGCCAACAAGUUCACAUUAACACAACUGUAACUGUGUCAGGAGCUGACAGCUCUUCAUUUCCUGUGUGGUUGAUUGUUGGACUGGUUUGUGGAGUCUCUCUCAUUAUUAUUCUCCUGCUCUUGUUGUAUCGCUGCAGACAGUCCAAGUAUUCCUGCUUCACCAGGUCGAUCCAGUCUGAGAGUCACAGUCCGGGCUCCUCCACAAAUCAUGGAGUCAACCAGAAUGAAACUCAUGAAUACAACUCUCUUCAUCCUGAUGAACCCCAAUAUGUCACCCAUGUGAUAUACUCUCGCAUUGAUAUUACAAACGUCAGAAAGAAGAGGAAGCAUCAUAAACCAGAGCAGAGUGCUGUUUACUCUGAGGUGAAGACGGGAGCUGCAGAGGACAGUCUGAUGUAUGCUGAGGUCAAACAGCCCAAAAAAGAAAAAGCCAAGAAAAACAAAGGAAAAUCAAGUCCUGCAGCUGAUGCAGCAGUUUAUUCUGAAGUCACAUCAGGAAGCUCUCUCAGUAAUUCUGCUGCCAUGCAGGCUGAUUUAUUCUUCACAUUAUUAAAUGUCUUCAGCUCAUAAUAUCUUUACAUGUUGGAAAUCACUUUGUCUUUUUGUGCUUGUC